UUAUCAAUGAAUCUCAUAUUAUCAGAAGCAAUACCGCAUAAACGACAGAAAAGGUUCUUUCCAAAUUUUUUCGGAGGUUAUACAAGCACAGAGCCUUCUGAAACUACAGUUGCAGCUGUAGCGCCAAAACCGACCUAUUUUAUCCCGGGACCGAAUGAUCAAAAUAUGGCACCGACCUUCAUACCAGCGGUUCCAAUAAGUUAUUUCACAGCCGAGAAUGGACAGCACUUCAUCGUCGUCAAACCCGUUCCUUCGGAUAAUGGUCCCGCUUAUUCAAACAACAUUCCAGUGGUGAAAAAAAACAAAAGACCACCAAAGAAAGUGGUGUCGGCAGCUCACAUUCUGGGACUAUCUACAUCCGAAAUCUUGGAGUUAAAUCAACUGGCACGGAUUAUAGGCGUAAAGGAUAUGUACGAUCUUCCACCGCUGGAAGAAGUGAUGACACUGCUAGGAACUACAUCAAAAAGUGAAACGAUCAAAGCUGUUAGAGACUAUGCUUCCACACCGGGAGGACUCGAAUUAAUCAAGGAUUAUGUUUUGAGUUAUCAGCCUGUGAAGCGCAUGGAUACAUUCGCGGCUAAGAAUUCGGUCGAAGGCGUUGCAGAUGACUGGGCUAUCGAAAGCAACGAUGAUUUUGUCAAUUUUGAUCUAAAUAAUUUAGAAGAUUUUAAUGGUAACAUGUCUCAAUCUCUGGAUGAAAAUAUCAUCACACCAGUCGCUGAGCCUAGUUUUUUCGAAAAAUUGAGAUCAUUCUUUACGUUUGGAUACUAUAAAGAGGAGUCACAAACAAAUGAACCAAAAAGUUCUGAGCAGAAAACUCAAAUGCCUCUAGUGCCAACCAAAUUGGUUCCACAUUUCAUAAUUCCAGUAAAACCAAUUGUGCCAAUUGACGAAAAAUCCAUUAAUUCUAAUCUGCAACGAUACCCACUGACGCCUUUUAUUCAAGAUAUGAAUCCUUUCGCAAUGAAACCGGUCCCAAUUGAGCCAUCUACUAGUACAACAACUGCCUCCGCUCCUCCAAUGGAUAUGGACCACAAUGAGACGCACAUUUACCCCGAUGAAACACCACAAGACAGCGCAAACAUCGAAGAUAAUGUCUCCAGUGCGACGAAACAGCCUCAAAUGCAAAUUCCCUUACCGGAAGAGGCAAAUGGGACAGUAAACAAGAUUCUGAACAGUGCAGAUUUGCCAAAGAUGGACAAUGUAGCGAUAAGGGAGAACAGCACUUUCGAAAUAACUACCGAGGCUUAGAUUUGUGAUACAUAUGAUGUACAUUAUAACGGAAAAAUUAGACAGGAAUGUUUGGAUAAUUCGAGCAUAUAUAUUUUUAAUAAGAGUCGUAAGUAGACAAACUAUGGUAUAGAUCUAGUUUAAUCUCAACAGACUUAUUUAAAACGCAUA